ACAAAAUGCGGAAAGCACACAAAUUGAAUAAAAAACCAGUUAAACGUCGGCAUAUUGAAGAUAUCCCAUUUUAUCUAUACAAGUACGGUGUAGAUGAUCUACCACUCGAUCCAGCAAAACCAUUUAUUUUGCAAAAAAUCCAAAUGCGGCGAACAAUGUUUCCACCAGAAUUUGCAGAUGACAUGAACCUACAUUCGUACCGGUAUAACACAACCGAACCAAUUGAAUAUGGAUUUACUGUACCAUCACAAAUGAUGGAAAUUAUGAAAGUACGAGAUUUGAAUGACUCGUUUUCAACAGAAACUUCUGCUUUGAACUGGCCAUCAAAUCAUGGUGAUGCAAAACCGGCUGAUGACCGAAUAAUGGAAGUGACGGAAAAAAUAGUAAAUCUCUACAUUGCUAAACGAGCAAAGAUAUUUCGAAGCAAUAAACGGAUUGCUAUGAGACCGUACAAUGAACACAAAACCAAUGCGAGACUAAACCGUAGCAACACAUCUAUUCCACCGAAAAAGCGAAUAAAAUUUCAAUUUAAUCCUAGCGACGAACGGAAACUGCGAAAACCGGGUGAAUUACGGAAAGAGCUUGAAAGAAUGAGAACUGUUAUAGACGAGUUAAUAAAGCCACAGGUGGAAAAAUAUGAACAGGAACAGACGGAAGUGACUAAACGAAAACUAACGUUAAGACCGCAAAUUGAAGGCAAAAUAAAACAAAGAGGAAGAAAACCUACAGCUAAAGAAUUCAUGGAAGCGCUCAAGAGAAAGGAAAUGGAGAUGUUCAAAUACCGACAAAGUUUAUUGCCGGUGGAUCCGGACCAUCAGAAGAAUGUGUUAUACGAACAAUAUUUCGAAAAAUUUGCCACUGCAUCCGUCUUUUUUACGGACGAAAUGCGAAACAGAACUUUAACAUUGCUCCAUCACAUUUCGGUUUUGAAAAUUGAGACGUAUCCAUCUAAUCGUUUGAUGAAAGUUCUACCCAAAAUUGAUCGUCGGAAAGUCUAUCUGCUAAAAGCUCACGAUUUUAUUCAAAAGGAACGGAAACGGUGGCCCAAGGUACAUCCGGAACUAAUGCUUUUGGAUUUCUUGUUCGACCAAUCCAAUGAAAUAAACAAUGGUGAAGCGUUGACCAUUAUUGUGUCACUGAUGGAUUUACAGGAAGACUAUAAGUACCUUGUCAAAAGAGCUUUUCUAAAAUACAUUCUUUCAUCGGAAAGUGAACAAAAACGUUUUCAACUAGUACCCGAACCACCUGAAUUUCCGCUUGUGACUAUAAAAGGACCCGUUCCGUGGAAAUGUAACAUUCAAUUGGCAAAGAAUCGACUGCAUGAAGUGUUGAUGAAUACACAUCCAAUGUUGCAGGCUAUAUCCAUGCUCUGGGAUCAAUUAUACAACGAUUUUGUGGUAUUUGAUACUACAAAGUGCUACCGAGAUGAAAUACCACCGCAUUUUGAUGUUUUAACAGAAAUCAUUCAUAAUUGCUGUAUGGUUGCCAGAGAUAUUCUAGUCAACGACUGGUUGCCUAGAGUAGCUGAUCUGGUCGACGCAAUGAGAAAAUUCUGGCAAGAUCUCGUACCACGAAAUUCGUCGUAUGGUGGCCGAGCCACAAUCCUAUUCAACUGUAUUCAUUCGCUAAUGUCGCGGCAAAUAAUGGGUUUAAUUGAUCGUAGUUUACAAUAUCUACUGAAAACGAUAGACGUGUACAAGGACGGAAAUGCUGUAAAGGAAUACAACAUGUACGAUCCGAAAUUACAGCAACGACCAUUUAUGACAUUAAAUGUGUCUGUUGUGGGAAAAUAUCAUGAAACUCUCGACGACUUAAAGGACAGAAAUAAUUCAAUUUUAUAUAAAAUCGAUGAGAACGAUCCGAAUAUAUUGACAAUGAAUUCGACAGCUACAAUGAACCAAAAUUCAGCAUUUGUAAUGAAAAACAACGGAAAGAUGUACAGUGGGGAUGAAGCGGAAAGUUUGAAUGCCGUGCAAAAGAUGUUUGUCGAUCCGUUCUUGGAAAAUUUACCGAAUUUAUUUGUCAGCUAUUUUGUGAAAAUUCUUAAAGUUGGAUACAAAAUACCACGACUGGAAUAUUAUAUGACCAACGAAGUUGAACAACUCGGUUAUUUGAUGUAUAUCGACGAAAAUCAUGUGGAUAUGUUAAAACUAUACGAUGAAGUAAAAGAAAUAGUGGCCGCAAAUCAAACCGGACCGAAGUCGUAUCUAUAUCCCAUUUAUAAGUAUUACUUUCCGUUAUUGAGCAAUAAAUUAAAGGAAAUGACGGAAAAUAUAUUUGUUCAAACUGAAUUACCAGAGCUACCGACAUUCAUUGCAUUCAUGGAAAAAUUGAAUGGAAUUGUUGAGGAAUGCUUCUACUUACGCGAUUUUGUAAAAUUUAAUUUAUUCAUGCUGGAUUGCCGUCGUGUGAAUCGAGUCUUGAUAACGUUACUCCGGGAGAUACAAGAUCUCGUCACCGAUUACUUUAAGGCAUUGAAUCAGAAGGAGAAUCGAAGGAUCUGCGAUGAAUUCGAAGAAAUGUCUAUAGUUGCUGGUGAACGGCCGACGGAAACGGAAGAAGUAGUUGAAUUACAAAAUUACAUUACAAUCUGUCGUGAAGAGAAAGUAUACAAUCUAACUGGCGAUAUUCAAAAAGCUGCCGAAAGGGUUUUAUUUCUAUUACAUUAUGCUGUACUGAGUGAGGAUGAUAUUUAUCUAAACUCACGUACAUUUCUAUGGCCAAAUGAAUUGGAGCAGGUAUUGGAAUUGAGUGGUUAUAGAUUGGGAGUGGUUAGAGAGAAUUUGGAAGUGGCUUUGAAGGAUAAGCGAGCGGCAUUCGAAGAAUAUCUGCUCAGUGAAAAAACGAAAAUGGAAGCGUUCCGUAUCAAAGAGACUAAAGAGUUUAUGUCGGUCGAUGAGAUGAAAGAUAAAUGCGAUGCGACGGAGAAAAUAAUGACUGUGUUAGAGAACUGUACCAAGGAGGCAAAGUCUAUUAACAAAGACGAAACGUUGCUGCAAAUUUUCGUGACUCCAUUUCCGAUAUUGGCUGAAAUGAUUGACAAAAUGACUCCGAUUGAGACACUAUGGCAAACGGCCUAUCAAUUCGAGAAAUGUUACGAAGUCUGGUACUAUGGUUCAUUUGAGGAUCUGAACGGCGAUCUUAUACGAGAACAAGUAGAUGCCAUGUCCAAGGCGAUUCGAAAAUUGAUCAAAACACUUGGUGGAAACAUGCAAGCGAAAAGGAUUGCCGAUCAAGUUCGCUUAAAAAUUGACAAAUUCAAAGUUAUCCUUCCGAUACUGGAUUCAAUUUGUCGUGAAGGCAUGACUGACCGUCACUGGGGUAUGAUUUCCGAUGAAUUAGGCCAGCCCUGCAACCCACUAUUAUAUCCAACACUAUGUCAUAUGAUGGACAUUGAUAUCGGUCGCAUUGCCACACGGUUGGAACAAAUAUCUAAUGCUGCCGGUAACGAGUUCGAAUUGAAUUUACAAUUGAGUAACAUGAAGGCCGAAUGGAAAGAAGUUUCGUUUGAAUUAAUGAACUACAGGGACUCGGACACUCAUAUUCUGGCUGCACUCGACGACAUCCAAGCGUUGCUUGACGAUCACAUCUUGAAGUCGCAAUCAAUGCGAAGCUCACCGUUUAUAAGCGCGUUGGGUGAGAAAGCGACCAACUGGGAAAAUAAGUUAAUUUCUAUGCAAGAUAUCAUGGAUGUCUGGAUGUCGGUGCAAUCGACAUGGAUGUAUUUGGAGCCCAUAUUCAGUUCGGAAGAUAUAAUGAAACAAAUGCCGGUAGAGGGUAGAAAUUUCAAAUCCGUCGACAGAAUAUGGAGAAAAAUAAUGGCCAGUACGGCUCAGGAUCGACGGGUUAUCCAAGCAACCGAUUAUCCAAAAAUGUUACAACAACUACGUCAGUCCCACACAGACUUGGAAGGCGUACAGAAAGGACUGAAUACUUAUCUGGAAAAGAAGCGACUCUAUUUCGCCCGAUUCUUUUUCCUAUCGAACGACGAAUUGUUGGAAAUUCUAUCGGAAACAAAGGACGCAAAACGAGUACAGCCACACUUAAAGAAAUGCUUCGAGGGGAUAAACUCUUUGGCGUUUGACGAAAACGCAGAGAUAACGGCUAUGAUUUCGGCCGAGGGUGAAGAGGUACCAUUGAAAAAAAGGAUUAAUCCGAGUUCAGCUAAUGGUCUGGUGGAGAAAUGGCUGAGAGAAGUGCAAUUGGUAAUGUUUGAAAGUGUAGCAUAUCAAUUGCGAGCAGCAUACGAUGAUUAUUGGAAUGCGGAACGAACUGUAUGGGUAAUGUCAUGGCCGGGCCAAGUUGUGCAAACUAUUUCGUGCAUGACCUGGACAAAAGAGGUUGAAGAUGCAAUUACUGCGAAUGACCUGCAGUCAUACCUUUCGAAAUGCAAUGAUCAAAUAGAUGCCAUUGUUGAAUUGGUCAGAGGAAAUUUAUCACCUGGCAUUACGCUUACAAUUGAAGCUCUUAUUGUUCUGGACGUACACGCACGAGAUAUCGUCAAACAUUUGGUGGACAAAGAUGUUCAAGAAGCCGGAAAUUUCGAUUGGGCUUCACAAUUACGAUAUUAUUGGAAGUUUGAUGAAGUUGAAAAAAUUGAAACGGUUUGUGUCAGCAUGGUUACCACCGAUGUACGAUAUGGCAUGGAGUAUUUGGGAAAUAUUUCCCGUUUGGUUGUUACACCUCUAACAGAUCGGUGUUACAGGACAUUAAUGGGAGCUUUUAAGUUGAAUCUCGGUGGUGCACCAGAAGGGCCAGCCGGUACGGGUAAAACCGAAACAUGCAAAGAUUUAGCGAAAGCGGUCGCUAAAAAGUGCGUUGUUUUCAAUUGCUCAGACGGGCUCGACUAUAAAGCUUUAGGCAAAUUUUUCAAGGGCUUAGCUCAAUCCGGAGCGUGGGCAUGCUUUGACGAAUUUAACCGUAUCGAGUUAGAGGUAUUGUCGGUCGUGGCUCAGCAGAUUUUAACAAUCCAACGUGCUAUAGCUAAGAAAUUGGUUAAGUUCUACUUCGAAGACACAAUGUUGAAGUUGGAUCCGACCUGCACCAUUUUCAUCACUAUGAACCCUGGCUAUGCCGGCCGUACUGAUCUGCCCGACAAUUUGAAAGUUCUAUUCCGAACAGUGGCUAUGAUGGUUCCAGACUAUGCCAUGAUUGGCGAAAUAACACUCUACUCAAAUGGCUUCAAAAUGGCCCGACCACUGGCACAGAAAAUUGUACACACAUACAAGCUGUGCUCCGAACAACUGAGUUCACAAUCGCACUAUGACUACGGAAUGAGAGCCGUUAAAUCUGUGCUUUUAGCAUCUGGUGCAUUGAAGCGAAUGCAUCCACUAAUGGAAGAGGACAAAGUCGUUCUACGUGCAAUCGUCGAUGUAAACUUACCGAAAUUUCUCAAAGAAGAUGUGCCAUUGUUUAAAGGAAUCUACACUGACCUGUUUCCCGGAACCGAACUUCCAGAGCCAGCCAGAGAUGAUAUUAAACGAUGGCUGGUUACCGUAUUGAAACGAAAAAAGCUUCAGGACACACCUUGGUAUGUGGAAAAGGUGUUGCAAUUUUACGAAAUGAUGUUGGUGAGACAUGGUUUAACGGUUGUGGGUGGUACGAUGGGUGGUAAAACGAAUGCAUGGCAGACAUUAGCGGAAACUCUGAAAGAAGUCCGCAAUGAUCCUACGUCAAAGUGCAAGGAAUAUGAAGUAAACUACAGGAUCAUAAAUCCGAAAGCAAUAUCAAUGGGUCAAUUGUACGGUAGUUUUGAUCCAUACACUCAUGAAUGGACGGACGGUGUUCUGGCGAAAACCUUUCGCGACAUGGUGAAUAAUUCGUAUGACACCCGGUGCUGGAUUAUGUUUGAUGGUCCAAUUGAUGCCGUUUGGAUAGAGAAUUUGAACACUGUUCUCGAUGACAACAAAAAACUGUGUCUCAUGUCCGGCGAAAUUAUUGAAAUGACAAAACUUAUGAACAUGAUGUUUGAACCAGCCGAUUUGGAGCAGGCAUCACCAGCCACGGUGUCGCGUGUGGGUAUGAUUUAUAUGGAACCGGAGCAACUGGGCUGGAGCGCCUUACAUAAAUCAUUUCUAAUCCAACUUACUGAGUUCGGAUUGAAUGAGAUUUACAUGGCACUGUAUGAGUCUCUUGUUGACUGGUUGAUUCCAGCAAUUUUAGAAAUUUUAGAGAAAUGUAAAACGGCUUUGCGUAUGUCGAACAUGCAUCAGUAUCAGAUUCACUCGAAAUUCUUCAUGGCAUUUCUCAAGAAUCAGGACCAACUGAACCAAACAUGGUUUCAGCAAACAUUUCUGUACACAGUGGCAUGGGCAUACGGUUCAGCAUUAGACAACAAAAGUCGAGGCAUUUUGGACGCAUCACUGAGACCCAUUCUGUAUGGUGCAUCCGAAGAACAUCCGAAACCCAAACACUUCUCACUGAAUCGUGGUCAAAUGUUUCCGGAAAAAUGGAAUCUCAUGGACUAUCGCUUCGAUAACAAGGAAAACUGGUGGCCGUGGUUGAAAGCGGAUGAUGUUCAUAUUCCGGAAGAUGCGACCCUAGCGGAAAUUAUCAUCAAUACGAAGGAGUCUGGUUACAUAAACAAUUGGCUGGAUGUAUGCUUCUCGAUAUCGUCGCCAAUUCUUUUCAUUGGACCAACAGGGACGGGGAAAACAGCCACAGUUAUGAAUUAUUUGAAAAGAUUGCCCAAGGAAGAGUAUUUAUCGAAUGUUAUCAAUUGUUCGGCACGGACUACGGCUCAACAGAUGCAAGAGUUGGUUAUGUCGAAAUUAGAUCGACGUAGGAAGGGUGUGUUCGGUCCUCCAGUUGGAAAACGGUGUCCUAUAUUUGUCGACGACAUAGCAAUGCCAGCAUUGGAUCGAUAUGGCGCUCAACCUCCCAUUGAAUUGAUCAGACAGUGGCUGAAUCAUGGUUAUUGGUCUGACCUGAAAGAUGCAUCGAAAAUCGAACUAGUCGAAUUGUUGCUCAUUUCUGCAAUGGGAUCCCUGGGUGGAAGUAACUACAUUUUUCCGCGCUUUUACCGACACUCAUUCGUUGUGGCCAUUGAUUCGUUUGACGAUCCAACGCUAAAUCUAAUAUUUACUUCCAUCAACGAAUGGCAUUUCUCCAAAGGCUACACGGAAAAAAUUGCCAAUCUAUCGCGAGGUCUCAGUGCAGCCUAUGUAGAAAUUUUCCGGGGAGCCAUUUCAAAACUAUUGCCCACUCCCGCAAAGUCUCACUAUCAAUUUUCAUUACGAGAUAUCACCAGAGUGGUACAAGGCAUUGUUCUGGUACCGGCCAAAAGAUUGGAAGACCAAGAGAAAUUGGCUCGACUUUGGGCUCAUGAAACCUAUCGCGUAUUCUAUGAUAGAUUAAUCGAUCAGAAAGAUCGCGAAACAUUUUUCGACAUGGUUAACAAUGCGUGUCAAAAUUGCCUUCGAUUGAAACUUAGCUCAGCGCUUUCUCAACGAUUGCCGGAGGGAACACGUUUGAGCGAUCAAACCAUGAGAGAUCUGGUCUUCGGUAGUUACAUGGAACCGGAUGCCGAUCCCAAAUACUAUGAUGAAGUAACGGACUGGAAUAAGUUGGAAAAUGUCAUGAACUACUACAUGGCCGAAUAUAAUGCCGAUUCCAAUUCACCAAUGGACUUAGUGCUGUUCCGGUUUGCAAUUGAACACAUUUCCAGAGUGGCACGAAUACUUCAAAUGCCCGGCGGAAAUGUACUUAUGGUUGGUCUUGGUGGGAUCGGACGUCGUAGUGCUGUUAAACUGGCUGCAUGUAUAAACGAAGCUGAUCUAUUCCAAGUCGAAGUCAGCAAGUCGUAUGGGUUCAAUGAGUGGCGAGAAGAUAUGAAGAAAUUGCUUAUGAAAGUGGGAAUUUCCGCUAAAACUGUGGUGUUCCUCUUUUGUGAUUCUCAGGCAAAAGAUGAAGUUUUUAUUGACGAUUUGAAUUCGCUAUUGAACACAUCCGACCUACCGAAUUUAUUCCAAUCAGAAGAGAAAGCGAUCAUUCUUGAAGCUAUGCAAACCACCGCCAAGCAACUGGAUCGGAAAAUCGAAAGCACUCCACUGGCUCUAUAUGGCUUCUUCACGGAAAGGGUACGAGGUUCACUACGUAUUGCUUUGGCAUUCUCACCAAUUGGCGACUCUUUCAAAAACCGACUCAGGGUCUAUCCUUCGCUUAUCAAUUGCUGCACUAUAGACUGGUUCACCACAUGGCCAGAUGAUGCGUUACAUCGUGUAGCAGAAAAAUUUAUCAGAAGCAUGAAUUUAUCUCCAUCGUCCGAUCCAGUUUCCAUUCCAAAGAAUUCGUCCGUUGAAACAGUCAGUCAAGCUGAAGUCUCUGAAGUGAUUGAAUCUCCUCUAUCUGAUGUAGAAAAGAGUAUCAUUGAAGUGGUCAUGUUUUUCAAUGUCAGCAUCGAAGAAGCUAGCGCGCGAUUUUUCCAAGAACUUGGACGCAUAAACUAUGUCACGCCCACAUCAUAUCUGGAAAUGUUUCGCUCAUUCAAAUUGCUCUAUAACCAAAAGUACGCCGAAAUAACCAAGAAACGUGAUCGAUACACAAUCGGUUUAGAUAAGUUAGAAAAUGCGUCUGGUCAAGUGGGCACAAUGCAGGAAGAUUUGAUUGCCCUUCAGCCCGAUUUGAAACGACUAUCAGAGGAAACGGAAAAAAUUAUGGUCACUAUUGAACGAGACACAGCCGAGGCGGAAAAGAAAAAAGAAGUCGUAGGUGCUGAUGAGGCAGCUGCCAACGAAGCAGCCGCUGCAGCUCAAGCUAUCAAAGACGACUGUGAUAGCGAUUUGCAGGAAGCGAUACCGGCAUUGAAUGCUGCCUUGAGUGCAUUGAAUACAUUAAAACCACAGGAUAUAACCAUCGUCAGGUCGAUGAAAAAUCCACCAUCUGCUGUUAAGUUAGUUAUGGAAGCUGUGUGUGUCAUCCGGAAUGUGAAACCGGACCGUAAACCAGACCCAUCCGGAAAAAUGGUCGAAGACUAUUGGGGACCAUCGUUGAAAAUGUUAAGCGAUUUUAAAUUUCUGGAAAAUUUGAAAACAUUCGACAAAGACAACAUUCCACCGCCGCUUAUAAAGAAAAUCCGAGACAAGUUCAUUAAAGAUCGGGAUUUUGUUCCGGAAAAAAUCAGAACCGUAUCAACGGCCUGCGAAGGUCUGUGUCGUUGGGUGCGUGCUAUGGAUGUGUACGAUAAAGUGUCAAAAAUUGUUGCGCCCAAGAAGGCUGCCUUGAAUGCCGCUGAAGUUGAAUUGAGCGAACAAAUGGAGAAAUUGAAUUCGAAGCGUGCUGAGCUGCAAGUGAUUUUAGACAGUUUGCAGGCGUUGAAUGAUUAUUUUGCUGAAAAGGCACGACAGAAGAAAAAUCUGGAAGACAGAAUUGAUAUGUGCGAGAAGAAGUUGCAGAGGGCAGAAACGUUAAUUGGUAGCCUUGGUAGCGAAAAGGAUCGUUGGUCAGAAAGUGCACUCGCUUUGAACGAUUCCCUGGUGAAUGUGUUGGGUGACGUUUUACUUGCUGGCGGCUGUGUAGCAUAUCUGGGUUGUUUUACUGUUGAUUACCGUGAAGCAAUCAUGAAAAUGUGGCAUCAAACUUGUAUAAAGAAGAACAUACCAUGCUCCGUUGAAUUCUCGUUGGCUGACACACUGGGUGAUCCGAUGCAAAUACGGGCUUGGACACUGUCUGGCCUACCAUUUGACAAUUUUUCCAUUGAAAAUGGAAUAAUUGUGGCUAAUGCGAGACGGUAUCCGUUGAUGAUUGAUCCGCAAGCUCAAGCAAACAAAUGGAUUAAAAAUAUGGAAAAAGAAAACCAACUGAAAGUCAUAAAGCAAACAGAUAAUAACUACGCAAACGUUGUGGAGAAUGCUAUUCGAUUUGGAUUUCCUGUUUUAUUGGAAAAUAUUGGCGAAACAAUUGAUUCAAUGUUGUUUUCGGUGCUCGAGCGUAAUGUGGUUACGAUUAAGGGUGGAAAGUUUAUUAAAUUUGGCGAUGGGAUGAUUGAUUACAAUGCCAAUUUUCGUUUGUAUAUGACAACCUGUUUACGGAAUCCACAUUAUCUACCCGAAACAUCUGUAAUGGUGACACUGUUGAAUUUUAUGAUAACCGAACAGGGGCUCCGCGAACAGCUUUUAGCAACGGUUGUCGUUAAGGAACGGCCGGAUUUACAGGAAAAGAAAGAGAAAAUGAUUAUUGAAUCGGCCAAAAACAAAGACAUGCUGUACGCGCUCGAAUCAAAGAUAUUGGAAGUGUUGUCGGCGUCGGAAGGAAACAUUUUGGAGGACGAAAACGCCAUCACGAUAUUGUCGUCGAGUAAAGUUCUAUCCGAAGAAAUUACCGAAAAGCAGGCAAUGUCCGUGAUAACGGAGAAGGAGAUCGAUGAGGCUAGAGAGAGAUAUGUCCCGGUUGCCGCAUAUUCGUCGGUGCUGUUCUUCUGCAUAUCCGAAUUGGCUAGCAUCGAUCCGAUGUACCAAUAUUCGUUGUCGUGGUUCAUCAAUUUGUUCGUGGCAACAAUUGCCAAAGCGCCGAAAUCCGAUGAUUUGGCGGAAAGAUUGAACAGUUUGAACGACUUUUUCACGAAAACCAUUUAUGAGAACGUGUGUCGAUCACUUUUCGAACAACAUAAGCUCGUGUUUUCCUUCGUCAUGUGCAUUGGGGUAAUGAGAUCGCAGAAAAAAAUUCUCGACAAUCAACUGAUAUUCUUCUUAACUGGUGGUGUUGGCCUGGACAAUCCGCACCCGAAUCCUGCUCCCGAAUGGUUGACAGAGAAAUCCUGGAGUGAAAUCGUCAGAGCUAGUAACGUGGAUGGUUUGGAAGAUUUCUACGUUCAUUUUCAAUCCAAUAUCGAUGCAUGGCGAUCAUAUUAUGAGCUCACUAAUCCAGAUAGCGGGAUAUUACCAGAACCAUACGAUUCGAGCGGUGAAAUGGUGAAACUAAUUAUAUUGAAAUGUAUUCGACCUGAUAAGAUCGUUCCUGCUGUACGAUCUUACAUAGUAUCGAAUAUGGGCGAAGUGUAUGUAGAUCCUCCAUCGUUUAAUCUGCAAGCGUCUUUCGACGAUAGCGAUCCGAAAACUCCUUUGAUCUUUUUAUUGUCGCCUGGAUCGGAUCCUAUGACUAAUUUAUAUGCAUUUGCUGCCGAGCAUGACAUGACCGAUAAAAUAAAGUCGAUUUCACUUGGCCAGGGCCAAGGACCACUAGCGGCUACGAUGAUGUCCGAAGGAAUGAAGCUGGGACAGUGGAUCAUUUUACAAAAUUGUCACGUUGCCAUUUCUUGGAUGGAUGAUCUGGAGAAAAUCUGCAUGGACGCCAUAUUAAUGGACAAAUUGAAUCCCGACUAUCGCUUGUGGUGUACGUCAUAUCCGAGUGAUAAGUUUCCAGUGUCUGUGCUUCAGAACAGCGUCAAAAUGACCAACGAACCACCGAAGGGACUCAGAAUGAAUAUGAUCCGAUCGUUCACCACCGAUCCACUGUCGAGCGAUAAGUUCUUUUCCAAUGCGUUUUCCGGAGACGCCGAACAGUAUUGGUUGCGAGGUACGUUUGCUUUGGUAUUUUUCCAUGCGAUGGCACAAGAGCGCCGGCAGUUUGGACCAUUGGGCUGGAACAUUCCGUACGAAUUCAACGAUUCUGAUUUGAGAAUUUCGUUGACUCAGUUGAAAAUGUAUCUGAAGCAAACGGGAACUAUACCGUUUGAGGGGCAUUCUUAUUUGACUGGAGAGUGCAAUUAUGGUGGAAGAGUAACGGAUGAUAAAGAUCGAAGAUUGUUGAUGACAAUGCUACGGUUGAUAUACAAUGAGGAAGCAGUACUUCAAGAUAGUUUUAAGCUAUCAAGCUCUGGCAACUACGUUGUACCCUUGCUGCCGAAUAAAGAGAAAAGCUUAGAGUACGUGUCCACAUUUCCGUUUAGUCCAGAGCCCGAAGUGUUCGGUCUUCACGAAAAUGCUGAUAUCAGCAAGAACAACAAUGAAACCAAUACGCUUGUGGACAGCGUUCUCCGAACUCAAACUGCCUUAUUAGCAUCCGUUAAAACGUCGAGCAGUUGCUCUGCUGCCGAAGACCCCGUUCUGACUAUUUGCAAUGAUAUUCUGAAUCGUCUGCCUCCGGUAUUCGAUACGGAAUUAGUGUCGGAGAAAUUUCCCAUUACGUACACUAAUUCGAUGAACACAGUGCUUCGACAGGAAAUUAUCCGAUUCAACAAACUGUUAAGAUUUAUCCGAGGAUCGCUGGUAAAUGUUAAACGUGCCGUUGUCGGUGAAAUCGCAAUGAUACCGCAAAUCGAAAGUGUUCACUUGGCCAUUUCGAUUGGAAAGAUACCAGACAGUUGGAAAGGAAAGAGCUAUGCGUCACUAAAGCCGCUGGGAAGUUACGUGAACGAUCUAAUGGCUCGACUAAAAUUCUUACAAAAUUGGAUCGACAAUGGCGAACCGACGGUGUACUGGUUUUCGGGCUUCUUCUUCACACAGUCUUUUAUCACCGGCAUCCUGCAGAAUCAUUCCAGAAAGCAUAAGUUGCAAAUCGACUUGGUCACCAUUCAAUUCGAUGUGACACAAUACGAAAGCGAAGUUCGGGAUGCUAGCGAAGUUGGCGUUUUUGUUCGGGGUCUUUUCCUUGAAGGAGCUCGAUGGAAUCGGCAAGAAAACUGUCUGGACGAAUCAUACCAAAAAAUUUUGUACGAUGCAAUGCCAAUAUUGACGAUGGAAGCAUUGCUGAAAGCAGACAAAAUCGACGAUCCAAUUGGUGUCUAUGAAGCUCCAAUUUAUAAAACAAGCGAACGGCGUGGCAUACUAUCGACAACGGGCCAUUCAACCAAUUUCGUAAUGUUCAUUUCGCUGAAAACCAAGAAAUUACCGCAGCAUUGGAUUAUGCGUGGAACAGCCGCACUGUGUCAAUUGGACGAUUGAUUGGAAUGAUUUUUGUUUUGGUGAGUGUGUGACAUUUUUGAGAAAAAAAUAAAGAAAAUUUUGAGUGA